AUGGAGAAAGUGAAAAGUGCUGAGCGGGCAGCCAUUAUCAAGAGUCGGCCGAACAGUGAGCAGAAAAAUGGAGGAACCACCAUGAACAGCGACGGUACGCCGCGGAUCACACGACCAUCGCAGAUUUUCCUCCAACAGCAUGGUGGUGGGCCUAAGGUGAGCGAUACCACGGGUCCUACGGUCGGUCAGACCGUGCCGAAGGUGCCAGAUCGCGGCGACGGGGAGGAAGAGGAUAAGCAGGUGGCAGAAGAAGAAGACAAGGAAGCUGGAGGGGACGACGAGUUGGAAAAUCAAUACUUCUUCGAAGAUGAGAUAUUCUGCUUCAGCCCCAAAACCGGUCGCGUCAAGUUCGGGUUGGUGCUUGAGAACUACGAUGAAAGCGAAGAGGAAACGGCCCCGGAGGAGGAUGCACUGAAGCGGGGCGAGAUCCGGGCCUGCUGGCAUCCGCAAGGUUACGAUGAAAUCAUCAAGCAGCGCAAGGUUGGCCUCGUUGACCGGACGCUGAUGCCGGGCGAUGUCGUGCGCCGAAUGGUGCCAGGCCGUGACACGCAGCGAGGCUACUGUCACGAGAUUUCCGUGCGGGCCGAUUUGCGAAUCGCCGGUACAAAGUAUGUUGUGCGGAACGUGCCAUCAGAGCGGCUACGGCCAUUGCUCUCGAUGCCGAAGGAUAAUGCCGUCUGUCUGGAUUCGUGGGUCGGCAGCACAAAGCAAAUCAAUGAAAAGCUGGUUUUGAAAUCUUCCUGUGGCUCGUUGGUGGAACUGUGCCCGGUGAACGAUCUUUGCCUGUUGCGCGAUCCUAACAUGCGCUUCCGAACGGGUUACUUCUCGGAGACGCUCUUCUAUCCUGGCCAGCAGCUGGCGGGUCCGAUGAGUGAGCUGGUCAACGGCAAGUGGUUGACGACGUCGAAUGAAAUGAAGUACAGUCGUAAAAAUUGGUCCCUCGAGCGGCGUUUUACCGUACAGUCGGUGGAACUGCAGGGUGUGACCGUGCACUGGCAGUGUAAGGGUGCCGGGGAAGAUCUGGAACUGUUGAAGGAGGAUGCUGGCAUCGGGUCACUGCAACAACCACCAGACUACGUAACCGGCGACGACUUGAAACGAUUAAAGAAGCUUAACCUGUUUGAGUCUUGCAUGCUGCAAAUCAACGACAAAAACUAUUUAACGCUAGAGGAGAAGGAUGUGAUAUGUGUGAAGAGUGCCUGGAGGAAGGAAAUGACCAGCCGGUAUCGGAAGCUGCUACCGGAAAGGUUCGAUACUACCACUGGCAGGCCAGCGACGGAUGAUGGUGUAAAGGGUGUGGAGAAGGCUCCCUCGAAGCUGCUUUCAACCAGCGCCGAAGCGCCUGCGAAGGAACGAUCACGAAAGAAGCUGUCGGUGCGAGGUAUACCGAAAGACAUCGCGAACGGUCAUGUCGGCGAGAGCGACGAAUGGGAAACGGAUGAUGAGGACGGCGGAGAUCAGUCGGAUGGAGCGGGCUCCAACUGUUCGGCUACGACACCUAAAACGAGCCCGAAAAAAUCUCCAUUAGUCGCCAGGCGAGUCCGCAAGCUGAAGCGCAAACAGGCUGCAGGCUGCGGUGAUCGAUUCCCGAACGCCGGAGAAGAGGUCGUGACCGAGGCGUUGGUUGUUUACAGCGCUGCCACGGUGGUUUGGCAAGAUGGGACGAUCGAGUCGAACAUCCCGUCGACGGAGCUACGGCCUAUCCACCACCUGGACGAUCACGAGUUCUUUCCCGGUGACUUUGUGCUGGCUGGCAACACGGACCCGGCUAUGAACCCAUCGUUUCGUGAUUACGGCGUGAUACAGAACGUGGACCACCGAGGCCGUACGGCGCGGGUGAAGUGGUUCAGCACGUACACGUGUACCGCCGAACCGCAGCCAACGUACAGUGGCGAGUCGGAGGUUAGCGUGUACGACCUGAAGGAUCACCCAGACUUCCAGUAUCGGCCCGGUACGAUCGUGAUCCGGGUCGCUAACUUCAGCGGCGACGAAGGCGCACAAGGAUCGACGGCCGGUCAGGUUGUGGACAACUACACCAACGGCAUGGUGAAGGUGUGGUGGGUUGAUGGGCGCGUUAGUAUGUGUUGGCCGCAGGAUAUCUUUGAGGUGGGACAGUACGAUGGAGAGAACAACUUCUGGGGUAGCGUCGAAUCGGACAACAACUCGUGGGAAACCGAAGACGAGACGUCCGAGUUUGGCGACAAUCCGUCGCCACUCGUCUCGAAAACGAAACUGGCGGCGAACCUCGAACGAGCCCGGGUCGCGAUUGGGCGACUCGAGGAGCUUUUCAACGUGAACCCGCACGUCCAGAAUCAAGAGAUCAUGCGGAAGCUAAUGAUGGUGUACAAGAAGUGCCGUCAUCUGGACCGGCUGAUGAAUACGAGCUUCUUUCAUGAGCAGCACUUUAUGGGGCUGGUCGAACGGGUCCGCAAGUCCAACAAUCAAACCACGGCUGAGCGAGUGCAGGAUCAAAAGGCCCGUUUGUUCAAUCAAACUCCCGGCUCGAAAACUUCUACCCCGGUGGCCGAGGGACCCUACGGUAGCGUGGAACGAGCGGCGCUCAGUGCGAAGCGAUCCCUUUUCAGCCCGAUCACGCCCGACAGUACCGCAAGUGGUGAGUGCGUGGAGGAACUGGAAAGUGUCAAUGAGAAGAGCAGUGACAAUGCUACCUUGCUGAAUAUGGAGCUGGACUUUGUGAACAACGUGUGUAUGAGCAUGAACGAUGAGCUGAACAACACCACCUCGGUGUUCGAUCUUGCCAGCGGCAGCGAACAACGUGAAGAGAGCGAAGAAGCGGAAGAGGCGACGGACAGGGAAUCCGUUCCAGCCAGGCUUUGCUCGCUGCUAAAGGUUCAGCUACGCCACGUGCUGGAAAUGAUCAACACACGGUACUGUGAGGGAUGUGCUCCAAAUGUGGCCUUCAAGGAGAUCGUAACGAUCGUCGAGAUGAACAUGCCGUCGUCGGUGUCGGUUCCUGCUUCGCCCCUCGCAGCCACCCCGGACACGCCGAGUGAAGCACCGCCCGGCUCGGAACUGAUUUCACCGGCCCUGGAGGACAACAAUCUCACGCCGCCGCCAGUGCCGGCAGAGCGUUUCCAAAUUGUGGAAGCAGCACCAACUUCGCACAAGUAUCACCUCACGGUGUUUCAAACAAGUAACGCACAAACAUUCUAUAAGGCGGUCCAGCGCGAGCACUGGCUGCUGCGGACGGGGCUACCACCCGGGGUUUGGGUGCGCAGCUUCGAGGAUCGACUCGACCUGUUGAGCGUCAUGAUCGAGGGCCCACAGAACACACCAUACGAGGGGGGGCUAUUUCUGUUUGAUGUGCAGCUUGGCAUGAACUACCCACGUGAGCCGCCGCUCUGCCACUACAUCAGCUACUGUAGCGAUCGACUGAACCCGAAUUUGUACGAGGAUGGAAAAGUGUGCGUUUCGCUGCUUGGCACAUGGUCCGGUCGUGGGUCCGAGCUGUGGGGCCCCACAAGCACCCUACUGCAGGUGAUCGUUUCCAUCCAAGGGUUGAUUUUGGUGGCCGAACCGUACUUCAACGAAGCUGGUUAUGAGAAGCUGCGAGGUUCACAACAGGGAAAGGAAAACUCGAGAAUGUAUAACGAGAUGGUGUUGCUGAAACUGGUGCAAUCGAUGACGAAACUGAUGGCGAAUCCGCCCAAGCUGUUCCGUGAACAAAUACUGGAACAUUUUCGCACGUGUGGUCACCAGAUGCACCAGCGAAUCCGUGCUUGGAUGGAAUUGUCGAACGACUACAAACGUCAGGGUACAACGAUGGAGGACACAGAAGAGCCAGCGCCCCUGGUGGCCCCACAGCUACAAGCAACAAGCGAUUUGUCUGCUCCCGGCCACCGUGAUGCGGUAGAAAUGGUGAGUGAGACGCAAACGGCUGGCGAGGCCAUUGCUUCGCCUGACUUUCCCCUGAUACCGGCCAGUCGUGGGUUUUGCCUAACGCUUACCGGUCUGCUGGACUCAUUCCAAAAGCAGCUGCAACAGUUAUCGAACGAUGGUAAAUAG